AUGGUUCUAUGUCAAAUCAUUGUAAGAAGUGCAUUCAGAAGUUUGCAGACAUCAAUUAAGCCACAACUAAAGAUUCAAGCACGAUAUUUAAGCAUAUCACUUUCGAAUUGCUCAGAGCGAAAAUAUACGAAGAAGCAUGAAUGGGUGCAAAUAGAAGAGAAUAAUAUAGGAACAGUCGGAAUCUCAACGUAUGCACAGGAAGCACUUGGUGAUAUCGUCUAUGCACAAUUGCCUGAUGUUGGAAGUAGUUUUCGUCAAAAGGAUGAAUGUGGAGCACUUGAAAGUGUUAAAGCAGCCAGUGAGAUUUAUUCACCAGUUAGUGGUGAUGUGACCGAAAAGAAUUUGGAAGUUGAGGAGACACCGAGUCUUAUAAAUACAUCAUGUUACGAUAAAGGCUGGCUAUUCAAGAUCAAAUUGGCUAAACCUAGUGAAUUGGAUGAGCUGCUAGACGAGAAGCAAUAUGACGAAUUUCUAAAGAGUGAUGCUCACUAG